AUGGAUGUGACUGGUGUGACACGUGUGACACGUGCAAUCUUGGGAAAAAUGAUGCAACAAAAUUUGAUGGCUAUGAAAGAGAAAAGUUUUCACCGCACAACAUGGCACAAAACCCUAUAUAUCACUUUCGGAAUUCUCACAAGUUACAGAUACCGCAAAUGCAACGACACGCAUGCGACAACACGCGACGGACGUGACAACGCUCAACGUACAGCUUUCCACUGA